AUGCCACCACCACACCCACCAUCCCUCCCCUCCCCGCCGUCGACGGAUAACGAUGUUACGCACAAGAAACCCUCCAAGCGGACGAAGAGCUCCAAACCCGGACCGAGGGGGGCGAAGAGGGUGACUGCUGCGGCGCCGAGUGGAAGCCGGAGUCCGGAGAUGGGAGAUGGGAGGCAUAAGCGUGUAUGGAAGGCUUGUGAGAGGUGUAGGAUGAAGAAGACGAAGUGCGAUGGCGAAUCCCCCUGCAAACGCUGCCGCGAUGACGGCCUCGUCUGCACAGCCGGCCACAGGAAGAAGGCGGAGUUCAAGCAGCUGCCGCGCGGCUACGCGGAGGUCCUUGAGAAUACACAGUACGCACUCAUCGCCACCGUGCACAAACUCUACGCUAUGGUCCUCACCGGCGAACAAUGGACCCUCGACCCCCCCGUCGUGAACGCUCGAGGCCAACCCGUGAUCCACGACAUCGCCGCGAAACUGGGCUGUAUCCGUGCAGACCCCUCAAGUUCAACAAGCGGCGGCGCUAUCGAGUUCCCCGCCGAUGCGGGAGAGUUCGCUGCCUUGCAAAGGAGGUUAGAGAGCGAAGAGCGCGCUAGUGCUGGGGAGGGGGAGGGGAUGGGGGGGAUACUGAGCGCGGUGACGGGGCCGGAGAGUCAGUUUGGGGAUGAUUCGUUUUGUGAGGAUUUUGAUCCGGGGUUUGAUAUGGAGGAUGAUUUUGGGGAUGUCGACGGUGGGGCGGGGUACGGUGACGUGUCACCCUUUUCUGAUGGGCCGGGGGCAUUCGCAAUGGAUGGGCUGCAGAGCCUCCAACAGGGUGGCUACGAGGAAUUCAUCCCCGCCUCCUCCUCCUCACCCGCUCUCCCGACCGCCGCAGUAGCAGGGGGUGCACAAAUGAGCCUCCCCACCCAGCUCCAACUCACACCGCAGCAACAGCAACAACAACAAGCGGCCCUGAGAGCACAACAGGCGAGCCAGAUGCAGAUCCUCCAACAACAGCAGCAACAACAGCAACAGCAACAAGGUCUCGAUUUCAGGGAACUUCCCCAGUGGACCGGACCAGCGGCUAUGGAGGCGCAGAUGAGAGCCCUGAUGAGGGGGGGCUUGUACGCCGGCGGUGAUGGAGGGAUGGGGAUGGGUGCUAUGGGGGGGGAUGGGACGAUAAGGCCAAAUUUGUUGGAGUGUGGGUUUGGGGCGGAGGGGUAUUGA